AUGCCGGGCCGCCUGCUGCGGGCCCUGGGGCAGCGAUGGCGCCGCUACAGGUACCGCUUCGUGCCCUGGAUCGCGCUGAACCUAAGCCACAACCCCAGGACCCUCCGAUAUGUUCCAGAGGAAUCCAAAGACAAAGUUAUCUCAGAUGAAGAUGUCCUAGGAACAUUACUGAAAGUUUUCCAGGCUCUAUUCAUAAAUGAUUUUGAUAAGCAAUCAGAUAUCUUGACUGUGCUUCCAGAACCUGUUAAAUCAAAAUAUCAAGACCUACUGUCAGUUCAGCAUCCAAGGGUGAAACAGCUUGAAUACAGACAUCAACAACAAAAUACCUUUACACCAGAAGAAAUUCUUUAUAAAACAUUGGGUUUCACUGUUGCCCGAGCACCUAGCUCAUUGAUUUCUGCUGGAAGAGGUGUCUUCGUUACUAAAGGAUUGGUACCAAAAGGCGCGGUCGUAUCAAUGUAUCCCAGUACAGUAUAUCAGAAGUACGAGCCAAUCUUUUUCCAGUCCAUUGGAAAUCCAUUUAUUUUUAGAUGCCUAGAUGGGAUACUCAUAGAUGGAAAUGACAAAGGAAUAUCAAAAGUCGUGUAUAGUCCACUUCGAUGUGUCAUUCUUGUCGCACUCAGGGACAUCAAACAAGGAGAAGAGCUUUUCUCAAACUACUAUACAAUUGUCAGCUAA